UGUUGCCUUUGUUUGGCCUUGCUUUGUUUUGAUUUUUUUUCCUAUCUCUCCCACCGGCAGCUCCACCACCCUUUCAUUAAUAAAAAAAAAGGGCUUUCACUCAAUACUCAGCAAAGUUUAACACAAAAACAAACAAACAAAAGGUGGUAGAUGCAUGAGCCACCACCACAACAACACCAGCACCAACUCCUUUAAAACACUGUUCUUUUCUUUCGCCAUUUUCCUUCCUUCCCUUACCAACAAAAAAUCCUGAAUUUUUUUUACCAGAUUUUAGUUUUGACCUUAGAAAACCCGUGUUUCUCUCUUUGUUUCUCCUCGGUUUUUACACUGUGUCAACCACCACCUUUUCUUUCUCUUUUUCAGGUACCGAACACAGGAUAUGACCAAUGACUUUUCUUUUUCGUCUAUUUAUUUAUCUUCUUCUUUGUAAUGGGUUGUUUUUGAGGUUCCUGGUCUUGGAGUCAUGGCCAUUUUUGGCUUUGAUGGGCUUGAAGGCUUUGGCUUUGUGGAUUUUUUUCCUUUUUGAUUUUUGUGUGUUUUGGGGUUUGAGUUUUGUGUUGGUCUUGUUUUUUUCUCUGCCUCUGCGUCCAUGAAGGUGGUAGGUUGGUGGGGUUGACUUAUUUUCCACGGAGAGAUAAUUGGGAUUUUUCUUAGGCAGACUUAUUGGACAUCUAUGUUAGUUUCAAAUGAUGAAAGUUUUGGCUUUACUUUAGGCAAAUUAUGAUGAAUUUAUCUUUUUUUUUUUUUUUUACAUAAAAAAGUAUGGCUGAGCUUUAUGUCACCUUGCCGCCUUAUCCGGAGCCUGGUUAACUUUUAGAAGUUAAUACCAUUUCAUAUGAAUAGGGGGUGACUAAAAGCGCUUCAUGCGAUUUGCAUUGGUUUGUUCAUAUUAUUCUCUAAUUCCAUAUAUGAAUGAUUUCUGUUUUACCAGCAUCAACUCUGUUGUCGUUUUUUAGAAAUCUAAUCACAUGGGAUUUAGCCCCCGCUUGUCAAUGUAGCAUUAUUGAACUCAAACGUACGUGAUGAUGAGAAAAUAGUUGGUUGUCAGCCAACCGAAUUCUGUAAGAAGUACUUGUGGUUGAUUUUAAUAUUUGAUAUCAAAAAGUUGAUUAACGUAUGGGAAUUUCACCUGGUAAUUCCAUUUUCCUUGAAUUUUUUUGUCUAAAUCGCAUAGGUGCGUCAGAUUUCUUGAAUUGACUCUUUGUUUUGAUGGCUUUCCUUGUAUCUGUUGACGUUUUUCUCCUUUUGCUCUAUAACUAUGAUAGGCGCACAAACACAGGGAUAAAUGCAAAGGACGAUCAACUAAACCAUUGUUCAUUGAUUAAAGGAUUGGCAAUGGUAAGCUUACGCAGACGCAAGCUCCUGGGACUCUGCGCUGGGAAGAGUUCCUUUCUGACUCCACUUCCUAGAUUUUUUGAUAAUGGAUAUGCUCCUGAAAAUUCAAGUCGGAAUGCGAAAUCAGUCAGUGUGCAUCCCAUGCCUUCAGAUUCCAUCAACCACAUGCAUGGGAAAAGCAUUGCUAAGGGUGGCUCCGGAUCAUCAAAUGUUUCCGCUUAUGGUUCAUCAAAAGAGCAUCAUAAUCAACCUUUUCCAGGACAACCAAUCAAACGCAGGAAGCGACACAGGAGGAAGCAUGUUCAAAACCAAGAACCAUGUCUAAUGAGGGGUGUAUACUUCAAAAAUAUGAAAUGGCAGGCUGCAAUAAAAGUUGACAAGAAGCAGAUUCACUUAGGAACUGUUGGUUCUCAAGAAGAAGCUGCCCGUCUAUAUGACAGAGCUGCUUUCAUGUGUGGAAGGGAGCCUAACUUUGAGCUACCAGAGGAGGAAAAGCAAGAGCUUAGGAAAUUUAAGUGGGAUGAGUUUUUGGCAUAUACUCGCCGUUCAAUUACCAAUAAAAAAUACAAGCGAAGGCUUGGGGUUGAACCAAAAAAGAGGUCGGAACCUGCGAUGGAGAACAGUGACUGGGACAGCAAACAAGGAGUCAAUAGCUUCUCAGCUUCAGAAGAAGUGGGGCCAGACUCUUCAGCUUCAUGAAAAACAAUGGUUUGAGAGUGAGGCUGAAUAAUCUGGUUUCAGUAAUUAAAUUCUAGUUGCAUGUUCUCCAUUUUUGGGUGUAUAAAAGGCCCCUAUUAGAGCGAAGUAGUAUAUAGAUUUCAUUAUCUUCCGGUAAGCAGAUACCUAUAGUGUUUAACCCCGUAAUAAGUGGUAAAUAUUAGUUGCAUUAUUACCCUGAUCAUGAAUCACCAUUGUUGUUAGACAGAUGAAAGGCAUGCAAAGAUAGGGAGUGCCUUUGUUUUGUUUAAUUUUCCCCCAAGCAGAAGCCAAUCCAGAACUUGUUUUAAGGUCAUUGUUGCUGUCCAUGUACAGCAAAAUGCAGAAUGCUCGAAAAACUGUCUCCAACAAGUAUUAAAAAUCCGUCCUAGUUACGAGCAUGCCAAUUGUACUCUUGUCUCUAUGGUUCCAUCCGCUAUUACUGUGGGAGACGCCGGGGGUUCCUGUCCUGCUCGGGUUGCCCUGUAUUUGAAAUUUCUGUGUUAAAAGCAUAAAAAUGUAGAGUAAAAGAAAGUUGGUGUACUGUGCUCAAGAAAUUUUUUUUUUUUUUUUUUUCACACCUAUCUUUGCAUUACAGCUAAGGAA